AUGAGCCGCUUUUCAUUUCAAAAGAUAGUUUUUAAUGACAACAAAUUGUUGAAAUGUGAAAAUGCUCCUAAGGAUAAUGUCGCUUCGUUUAAAAGCCUUACCACAUCACAAUUUAGAAGCGACCAAGCCAAAAGUGGGUUUCCUCAUGAGCGGGUUGGAAACACCAAACUAAAGUGUGCACCAAAUUCUGAAGAUAAGCCAAAUGGUGCUUCCCAGCAAAAAUGUGCAGACCAUAGAAGUGGACCCCCUGCACUGAAUAGUGCACAAACCUUGGAGGACAACAAAAAUAGGGGGUACAUUAAUUUGAUAAAAAAGAACGUAAAAAAUGUUAUCAGUAAUAUAAUUAAUAGGAAAUCCAUACUGGGAAGGAAAAACAACGAAGACGUGAGAGAAGACAAGAAAAAAAAGGCAGGGGAAGUAAAGAACAAAGGGCAGAAUAGCAAUGCAGCUCUGAACAAAGAGAGGAACACCAGUGUAGCUCUCAGCAAAAUAGUAGAAAAUCCUGACACGGAUGCGACAUCACCAGAUUUGAAAUCGGCGCCAAAGGGUAUUGAAAAGAAGGGGGAAAACAUCUCCAACGCGGUUAGAAGCAACCAUGAAAUUAAGUCCUCCGUUAGAAAAACUUGGAUAAACUUAAAAAAUGUCGACAAGGGUGUUGCCAACAAUGAUGCCAAAAAUGAUGACUCAAAGGUGAAUUUGAGGGCGGUGGCGAAAGACAUGGUCGAUCAGUCAAAUGGGGGUAUGAGAGAGUUAAGCGGAAGGGGAACUCCAACAAAUGAGAAAAAUAGAGGCGUAGAAAAGGUCAGCCACGGGGACGGCAGCAGAACCAACAGAAGUAGCAAAGCCACACCACUAACUACCAAACCGUUCAUCUUGGGAAUAAAAAAAAAUGAAAAAAUCCCGAAUAAGCAAAACGCCUUCACCUCGAGGACCACACACAACAAAGAAAAAUACAUAGGUAGAAGUACCUCCCCAAGUUUUCUACACAAUGACAGCUUUAAAAAAAAUUUAAAAAAGACAUUAAUUGAGACCAUCAUGAAUCCUGACAAGGUGGAACGCACGCCAGAGCUAGCAGCAGUGUUAAGGACAACGCCAAGAACAACCCCAGCCAAAGUGAUGAACAGAAGCGGACAUCCUGACUUACUCAGAAGGGACACCAUGUUAAAUAAAAAGGGCUCUCCACAUGGAGAAAAAACAAAAAGCGUAAUCAAAUACCCGUCUCCAAUCAAUGCGAACAGUGCUAAAGCGAUUAGUCUUCACAUGAAAGGGGGUAGUAACCUCUUCGAAACGAAACAGGAAAUUGUUAGGAGGUAUUCUACAGCGGUUCGAAACAGAAACUCAGUACUAAGAAAGAACAUCGUAACGAAGAAUAGACACCUCUCCUUUUAUAAACUAAAUGGAGAAGGAAACGAAAAAAAAAAAUUAUCCCCUGAGCCAAAUGAUACACCAAAAAUGGUGAGCUGUAUUAACCACGCGCAAGCUCCUGAUAGAAAGGAAUGGAGUAGCAGCAGAGAGGAUGGAAUAGCUUCUCCUAAUAAUAUCUCACCGAUCAGUGCAAAUUGUAAGAAUAAAAUGGCCUCUAAAAUGUUUCCUUUGCAAAGGAAAAAAAUAGACGGGGUAGCGAAUUCGGUUCUAAAAAAUGGGAGACUGGUUAAGGACACUUCUCCCACAGGGGGAGAUAAAUAUAAGAAUAGUUUUGCACCAAAGCAGGGUACGCAACCAUGGGGACUACAUAAACGGGUGGUGGGAAAUAAUGAUCCGUCCCGUCUGCAUAUGCCUAAGCGAUCUGGAACGACAAAUUUUACGAUGGUAAAUAAGGAAUGUUCAGUGCCGAGCAGGAUACUGAAACGGUUUGAUAGUGUAUCUAACGGUCAGGUAAAAAAGGGGGUGGAUCUUAAAACGGGCCACAAAUUAGGUACAGGUAUUAAGAAGAAGCACUUUUUCCCAGUGGACAAUAUGCAGAAGGUGAGCCAUCAGUAUUAUGGUUUGCCACGUAAAGGUAUAAGUACGUCGGAAGUAGACAAAUGUGUGGGGGGUGAUGUUGAUGAUGAGAGGGGAUAUGUGCCCAUUUAUGCUGUCAAGGGGGAGCAAAGUAGUGGCGAGGUGGAACAAUCAGCAAGGGAAAUGCCACUCGAGGGGGGUGACCAAAGCGAUGCAACGGAGCGACACAGGGGGGAAGCACUUCUAGAAGAGGAAGCGGAAAAAAGCGCUAUCCUCGCAGAGCAUACGCCAGGUGGAGUAGUCACAGGGGAUGAGGUAUAUUACGACUCAUCAGCAGUGAACUCGGCACAGACCAAGUACCGCGAAACAGAUUUAUAUGAAGAUUUUAACGACUCCACCAUGAUGGUGUUAAGGAGAAAUUUGGACUAUGAAGGGGAGACGUCUAGCUGUGUUACCCCCACUUUGGUAACUCGAGGACAGGAUAAUUAUCAUGUCGAUACGUUAUACAACUGUGAUAAUUUAAGCGCCCAAUGUGUAAAAAUAGAAAAUGUCUCUCCCUACGAACGGACGGAAUGUGGGUGCUGCGUGGGGGAGCCUGCCUAUGAGGUGGAAAAUGUGGAUACACAAAAGGGGACACCGAACGGUGGACCGGAAGAAGCUGAGCCGGACGAAGAACAACCAAACGAAGAUGAUGAAAUUGGUUCUUCUCCCAUGGCACAAAGCGACAUUUUGACAGACGAUGAACUUGUUGAUGAGGGUACAGAAAAAAUCAGUGGGAUGGAUGUGCGCGCAAACCAUCAGUCGGACUGGCUGCGCACCCUGCUAGGAGGAGAAGUGGCCCAAUUGUGGACCGCUGAAGAAACACUCAAGGGUGAAGUGAUAGGUGCCCUUGAAAGUGAGAAGGAUAAGGUAAAUGAUUCAGACAGUGAGUUCAUCACCCUCGUGCAGGAAGAGAAUUUCCUCAAGGAUCACUCAUCGGACAAUGUCAUCAGCCAUGUAAAAACGAACAACGAGAAAAUAAACAUACCCGUAAAGGAAGAACAAAAUGGGCAUGUCACGAUUCGAGGUGAUUGUCGUGACAUGAUAAAUGAACAAGGCAAUGAUUACGAUGGGGAAAAUGGAGGAGUAGCCGAAAUAGGCCACAGAAAAAAAAACGAUUAUGUAUGCAUAAGAGUAGAGUCUGAAGAUGAGGACGUCAUUACUGAAAGCGUUAAAAUUUACUUAAAGAGCAAAAGCCAAGAGGAUGGAUUCAAAGACGAAUGGGGAGGGGCUUCUUGUAACAGUUGUGUAAUUAGCCAAAGUGUAAAAAAUGAUGAAAAUAUUUCUGCACAAGUAAAUAUUGGGCACAUAAGCAAAUUGGCCGUUUCGCACGAUCGCUUGGAAAUUUGCAGCUAUAAUGAGGGGAGCAAAACGGGGGAAGUUAUUAUAAGGGAGGGGCAUGCGGAAGCAGGGAGCGAAAAGAAUGACGAAGAAAGGAUGAUGCUGCAGGGGCAGAACAAAGAAGAAAGCUUAUGCACCCAACGUAGCGGCGACGGUAAAGGGGUGCUACCCCCGCGUGAGACGUGCAUGGAGGGGGGAACCGAGCCACCUGAAACACACCCCACAAAGCAACUUCCAUCUAGGUUAAGAGAGCAUAAUAACACACCGCAAAAUUCUGGGGGCAAAAAAAGCGUUGCACAUGAAAAGAGUAGCGUCAUUUGUGGAGACGAACAAAGCAGUAAGGGGGGAAGCCAUUUUAAGGCAGCCCAGAUAUGUGGGAAGCAUUUUUCUCGAACGAGGCACAAAAUGGUCAGGACAAAUAGUAUGCAUAAUUUUUCCUCCAAGUACAAGAAGAAUUACAACCUCAGUUUGCAUAACCGCAAAGUGAAGGAAAGAAAAGUGGCAAACGAUGCAGGAAAGAACGAACAGUUGCAUACACAUGCAAAGGGGGGCGUGUCAGGUGAAGGGAUCAUUUUAGCGGGAGAAGCAUAUCCGUGUGCUCAGCAGGGAAACGUUUGUACCAGCAAAGGGGUCGCUGAUCAAUUGUGCAGUGGGAAAAAAAGGAAAAUUGAUAAACUGAUGAUAAGUUUUACCACGCCCAGCCGGGUUUUGAAGAAAAAAAAAACGAAGCCAACUUCGCCCAUGAGGGGUCGUUCCACCGGAGGGUUGAAGUGCAGGGUGAGGAAGUCGAGGGGUGGUGGGGACAACAGAAAGAGGACAGGAAAAGAGUUAAGAAGCGGGGAAGAAGUGGCAAACGCGGCAGACGUGGCAGAUGCACCCGCCGCUCACCACGCGGAAUCCGUCUUCCGCGAACACGAGUGGAUGGGGCUGAUCCUACAGAUAAUAGACAACGACAAUUUCGAGCUAGCCCAAAAGUUGAUGCUCUUGAUUUUCGAAAAGGAGGAGGAGUUAUAUGUACAGUUCGUGGACGCGGAGAGGAGUGACACGAGCACGUGCGCCGAUUCUUCCCCCCUCGGUGAAGCAGGCGAGCCCAAGCCUGAAGACGCGCCGAAGAACAGUAAUGUGUAUAGUAGAGGUGGCGCACCGAAGCAGAGGGGGAAAAAAGUAUCCCAUUACAUGGAGCAAAUUGUCCACAGCUGUCCAUCAGAUUGGCCCCUACUAGAUAUCGCCAUACUGAUAAUCGUCUCCCAAAUUGUAUGUUACAUUUUUACCCAUAACAAAUGGAAGUAUUUUUUUCAGAGCUGUACUUUAUUUGAAAAAUUCUGCAUUCCCAUUUUGUUGAACUCUUCUAUAAUUAAUGCAGAGAAAAAUGGAAUUCCUAUCCUCAUGUUUGAGCACGAUUUCUUUUUUAAAAUAUUAAUCACUGAGAAUGGAGGAGAGCUGUCCUCCACUGCGAUGAAAUACCGCUGUGAGCACUUAAGGAAUGAUCAUGUGGGUAAGGAAAUGACAAUUUUGGAUUUGAUUUUCCUGGCCUUGGGUUCCUACAUCACUGUGAGCCAAAAUAUAAAUGAGUAUGUGGAAAGGAACAACCUUGAAUACUAUGUGGACUUGUUUCGGAAGAGAGCCAGUGAAGGGGGGGUCCAGGAGGACAGGCGCAAAAGGAGAAAGAGGAAGCUGCUUCGCGUGAGUAGUGAAAUGAGCAGGGAUAGUCAUCACCCAAGCAAGCUUAGCAAGCGACAAACUAGGGCAGGUGGCCAAAGGAGGACUAGUAACCACUCCAAUUACUCCAAAAAAAAACAGCGAUUUUCCGAACCCCUGCAUCAGAACAAAACAAGUGAAGAGCAAUACCUCUGUGAGCGAACCAAGAGGAGAAGAAUGACGUACGAGAAAAAUGUGAAGCGCCGGCUGAGUAUUCUGAGGACAACCAAAUGCAUCACUGCAGUGGACAAACACUCCAUGUGUAGAAGGAGUGCCUAUCUUGACACGUGCCAUGGGAAGGAAAAAAUUCCAACAGCAGACAGUGACAACCGGCACGAGAAUAAUAAAAUGGCCAAAUUAUUCCUCUUUAGAAAUAAAAAAAUUGAAAACAUUGUGCAGUACCAUACUAGGAGUGACUUAGAAAAAAUGCUAUGCCAUAUUGUUAUUGAAAUUUUUAAUUUGGUUUAUGCGUUUAGGGAAUUCUCCGUGGAGAACAUUCUUAUCAUUAGGAAGUUUUUCCGCGUCUUUCUAAACUUUGCGCAGAAGAGAUUCAUCGGCUUGUCCGUGCGCGCCUACUGUGGGGGAAGCGGCGAAGUCAACUCUGCCACUACCGCAAACGUGCGCGCCGUGGUGCCCCCGCCCCAGCGCAUAUAUGACAACUACUACAACUUGUGGAUUUGGGUGGACAGGAUUUUUUCACAAAACUUUUACGAGCUAAAUAAUCUGCUAUAUGACGUGGGCCUCCAGAAGAACAGCCUGCUGGAAGACCACAACCUAACUGCCAACUAUACCAAAAUAGAAACGAUUAGUAAAAACGUGAAGAGGUUUUCCGCUUUGCAGAGGAGAAAUUGCUCCGUGUUGAGGAGAUACUGGGGGACCUUUGGGUCGAAGGAGGGAAUUGCUGCAAAUGGGGACAGAGACGUAGAUGGGGUUGUUUGCCAUGGAGGUGACGCAGGGAGCAUAACAGUACCACGAUCACCUUUGGAGACAUCCAUGGAAGAGGGAUCCACCGGUUUGGUAUCCCAUGAGUGGCUCCCGAACGGAGAGCUAGACAAGGAACACUUGCGCAAACAUAGAAUUCUCUGUAAGCUAGAAAAAAGGGAUCACUCGAAGGACAGACUGGCCUUCCACUUCUUAAAUGCAGUCGAGAGCAUAUACCAUGUGUACCAUUCAAUGGAAGAAAUUCCUUCCUUUCUUCAUUUAAAAAAAAAAAAAUACUUUUCAACCUACAUGGGUAGUAGCGAAACGGAAAAUGGGAGAGGAUCUACGGGGAUACCUUUUUUGAAUAGACCCAUAAAUGAAAAAUGUGAUAUGAGCACAAGUUAUUCGAGUCCAAGCCAAGUGAUGAUACUUCUGAAUCACCACAUGGAUGGAAGCAAUAAUUACGAGAACGGAGUGAAUGCCCCAUUGGGAAUGAGGACUAGUGGAGAAGCGGUGGAGGACAACAGCGAUCACUGGAUUAGACAGCUGAAGCGGAGGUUAAAAAUAUACGACAUACAAUGGCAUGAAGAAUAUGAAAAGCAGUACGUAAAUUUGGCUAACUCGAUGAAAAUGUUAAAAAAAAAAUUCACAGAAAAAAAAUUGUUUUGUAAAAUCAUGGAGAGUGAUAUAAAUUCCAUUUGGCUCGACAAAAACCAAGUGUAUCUUCAGUACAUACAGAUAAUGAUCAAUUGUAAAUUUAUUUUGGGUUCCUCCUACGAUGAGAUUUUCCAAUUCAUUAAAGGGAACUAUGGCUUUGUGUUUAAUAUGGUGGAGGAGAUGCGGAGGGGUCUCACAGGAUGCAGGAGUCCUCCAUCUGAGGGGAAACGAAGGAGAAAGUUUCAAGACGACAAUUUUCUACUCAUGGCAUGGGAAAUCGCGAACUUUUACUUUUGCAUUUUAUAUUACAAAUUUGAGCUCAGGGAAAUUUUGCAAGAGUUACUAAAAUGGAUUUCUAUUUUUGGUCAACUGGAGGAGGGGGCGUGGCGUGAGGGUUCUUUGCUGAUGUACAGGCAGAGGUGCGUAUCUUACACCGCGCACAUUUUAAUUUUCCUCAAUGAGUACACCUGUGCGCAGAGGGUGCUGAAGCAGUUCUCUCGGGAGUUCCUGCGAAAUGUGCGCCAUGGUCAGCGGCAAGGUGUGCGGGAAAAUGAUACCCCGUUAGGCAGCGAUUCGUUAGGUGGCAAACCGCUGGAGCCGCACUGCAGCGAGCAAAGCAGAGCAGCAAUCCUCCCCACGUGUAAACGUAUAGCUCUACACGCACACACCAUCAACAAGUGCUACCUCUACGACAAGUGGAUCAACUUCAUGAUUAGAAAAUACAACCGUCUGAUUCCAUUCCUCCUGAAAAAAAAAAAUAUCGUCAAGCUAAUUCUUUUUAAUAAUAAAAAUGUAAAAAUUUUGCUUAAGAAGAAGAAGGAAAAAGUUAUCACAAAAAAAGUGAUGAGCAAAAUGCAACAAUUGCAAAAGGUUGUUUUGUCCCUCUAUUGUCUUUGCGUGAAGCUAUACAAGAGCUAUUACGACCACGCCUCCAUUUUGCAUUUCAAAACUGCCCAGCAGUUAUUGGUCGCCUCUAAAUAUUUGGGCAUUCGUAUUAAAGAGAGGGAAGUAGUGGUCACAAAUUAUUGCCCAUCGGAGGGUGCAGAUGGAGCUGAGGUGAAAAUGGGGAAGACGCUUCUAAACGAGUUACCCUACCAUGGGGCUUCAAACAAUUUUCUAAGCGCCGAUGGUGGAGAGAAUUUAUUUUCUGGGUGCUCUUUUGGCGAUGCGAUGAAUGCAUCCCCUGUGGGAGGUCGCGCAGCUUCCGAGUGGGCUUCCCCUGGAUUGUAUUUGCGUGCGGAGAGUAGUACUCCUUACGUUAGUCCUUACCGCGGGAAAACCGAUUGGGAAGACGAAGGCCAAAACAAAGACGAUAUGUUCUACCUUCAUGCACUUGUUCUCAGCAUACAGAUACAGUACACCCUCUCGGUGUGCAUAAUAAUUUGUGCAGAUUUGUUCAUAUACCCAGCUAAGUUAAAUCGACUCGCGGGGGGAAAACGAGCUAAUAAAGACCCUCCUGCAAUGAGCAAGACGAAGCAUCCUCCCCUUUAUGUACCUUCAUUAUUUAACUGCAAAAUUUUGCGCAAACAUUACAGAGUUAUAAAUGGGCACGAUUUUGUCAGAGGGGGAGGAAGCAAUGAGGCAAAUCGGGGAAGGAAAAAAAAGAAGAAAAAAAAAAAACUUGUAAGUUGUGGUGGUCUGGGACUGUCUGGUCAUAUGCACAUGUACUACGUGAACUAUGUUGGUGGAGGGGGCAGCAAGGGAAACGACAUAAAUGGAAACCAUAUAAAGGGAAACGACGGCGGGGGCUUCCCAUCAGGGGGGGAGUUACAAACGGGUAAAAAAGUUAUUUGCAGUGUUCAUCACGGAGGUAAGUGGUGUAACCAUGGAGAGGGGUCAUACGUAGGAGACGGGCCCAAAGAUUCACCCACGGAAUUUUGGCAGGACCACCAGUGGAGCAAUCAACCUGACCGGGACUGCCUCUCUGACGUAGUAAUGGAAAAAACGCAUGACUCACUGGAGGGGGAAUUGGUGUCUGCACAGAGCGGCUGGCCUAGUGAUCGCCUGAACGGCUAUCUUAGUGAGUGCCUGCCAGGCCGCUACGAAAAUUUCAAGAGGUCAAUUGUGAAAAAAAGGGGGAGCAACCUGAACGUCCGUGAUGGAAGGUUAAGGGACAACGGGGGUGACUGCACAGUGCGGACGAGCGAGCCAGACCCGGUGGACACAAAAAACUCUUAUCACAUCCUUGUGCAAAUAUCGACGUGGCUGAGUAAAAACUCCGCUGCGCAGCUCGCGUGGAUUGGUCAGAAGCUUUUUAAGAUGUGCCUUCCGGAACUGCUGUGCAUCGUCCUAGCCCUCCAAGCCAACAUGUUCAUGGGGAAGAAUAUUUUGACGAACAUAAAACGAAUCGAUCGCAUACUAAAACUGUGCGCAGAGAGUCCGCAGCUGGUGUACUUCGCAGCGGAGUCAUUGAAAAAUCACACAAGUAAGGCAAAUCGGAAGACAUACAAAAAUUACUUUAGCAUAGGCAAAAGGUACAAGGAAAUUUUUGUCAAGAGAAAGAGGGAUGUCAUCGACUCGAAGGAAGAGCUCUUCCAACUGUGUCGCUAUUUUCUACCAUGCGAUGAGGUGGACAAGGAGAACAACCACAACAGUGCAGUUUGA